AUGUAUGGUGUCGCUCAGGACGUCAGCCCUGGUACGCCUUUCGUGCUCACACACGUGCACGACGAGGCUCAUUUCCGAUUGAGGUCACACGACAAGGCCGUCACGUCGGACGCUCGGAUCCAAAUGCCCGCGGGCAAGGGGAUCCUCACCAGGGCGAGGCGCUCGCGGAAACACCGAAUCAGCGAGAGUCGCGGUCCCCGUUUUUCCCCGCCCUUCUUUAUUUCUGGGGCGCCUCUUGGCGGGGGGGGCGCAUGGCAGGGGCCCCCGGGAAAACCUAGAAAAAAACCAUUCUGGGUGGGCCAGCGACUCCGUGGAUUCCGCAGUUUCGUGCGAAGGGGGUGCUCCAUUCAGAACCACGUCGUGCACGCUCAUUUUGGGCAGUUCUCACAACAUUGGUUUACGGAGCUCGUUCCCUUGAGAUCGAAAACGGCAGUGUCCAUAGCCACGUCUAUCGUGGACGUGGUGGAAGAGCUCUUGGAAACAAUUUCGAUAGGGGCCCGCUCGUCUCCGUUGACAUUCGUGCACCUCGUGACGGGAGACGGGACGAACACCAAUCCAGCAUCACUUCGUCGCGUGCUCGCUCAUUUCCUCGUGAGUUACAAGCACAAACAGCUCUUGCGCUACAGGCUAGUAGCUUGGACGUGCGGCAGCCACACGGCUAACUUAUGCACCGAAUUUGCCGUGGCGCAGGGAAAGCAUGGCCCAGCUCUCCAAGCCACGUGUGUCCGCGUGUUCAAAUACCUGAUUCCACAAUACGUCGACCAGCAAGCUAUCAACUUGAAGGACAUCGCUGCCAAAUUGACCAUAGUCCCAGGCAGUCCGCUCCGAGUGGAAGACCGACCAGACUAUCCAUUGUUCCUUUUGUAUGGGGAGGACGUGCUCCCGGUGCGCCUCCGGAAGAUCCUCAACGUCAGCAUGGGGUCGAUGACGCACGUCACAGACGCAGCUACCCCGCACCCGGUGUUAAAGGGCCUCCUGUACACUGCGCUCUACGAAGACUUGCUGGUCGUCGAAGAGAAGCCGACGACGAGCAGGUUCUGGUUGUUCGCUUCCGCGUGCUGGACCCUGCUUAAGAUGAAAAUAUUAGGGCUGGACGUGAAGUUCCUGCGGCCCACGAGCACAAAGCCUCAGAAAACUAAUAGUAAGCGGUUGGACAGGGUGACAUCGUGGUGGGAGAACCCCGAGAACGACGCCCACUUGCGAGUGACGUGCGUGUGCCUUCGAGUCACAAUGAUCGCUGUGAAUAUCACGGCGCAGAAACCAAAGGGCCAAGACCAAGAUAUUUCGGACGCUGGCGAGGACCGCUCCGCUCCGACUCUCGUCCGCCUUGGUCGCAAGGAGGUCCAGCGCAAGACGCGCGCCAUGCUGCUAUCGCUGCUGCCGUCCCUGAAGGGCGACGAGAAGCUCGACGCCAACGUCGCACUACUAUCUCUCGUGUCGACGCAGCUGCACAUCGAGGAGCGUUUCGCCGAGUUCCAAAACUACCCUGGGUGCCUUUGGCGCAUGACGAAGAAGUGGAACGGAGACGACGCCUCGCCAUUCGCAGAAGCUUUCUUGGAGGUGCCUGUGGACAAGCUCGACAUGGGGUACUCGGUCCCCCUACAGAUGCGCGCCAAAGAAGCGGGCGAUCUGGCUGCCCGCUUGGAAUUCUUAAUGUCGGACGAGAUCCAGGGAGAAUUGGAGCGGAUCUUCGCGUGCUCAGAGGCCACUUCCCUAGACGGCGAGCGCAAACACAGCAGGGACAAAAGCCUGUGCAAGAAGGACCGAGUUACGUCGGUCGCCAGGGGGUCUCGGAAUUCUAUACUCCAAGUGCUUCAAGCAGAGAGAGCGCGCAAGCUCGCCGACGACCACCGGGCCAGACGCCAACAGGGCCGCCUGCUGACAAUGAACGCGCCCGCGCUGGCGCGGCAGGACCGGCCCGACUUGGCGCAGCGCCCGCGGGGCAGGCUGCAUUGGGAAGGUGACGUUUCCAAGCAUGAGCAGCGGCAGAUCGUGCACGCGGGCGACCCGCAGGCUUUCGCGGAGCUCCUGCGGGACGGCCAGGCUGACUACGCGCAACGGGCAGAGAUGCUGCGAUCCAUCGCCAAGAAGAGCAGGGCGGCGGACGCGACGUUCCCCGUCUCCACGAACGAUUGGAUUCGCCUGAUCGAGGAGAGGGCCGAGUGGUGGCAAGGGCUCCUGGCGACAGCAACGCGGGAGAGGCGCCAGAGGUGCGGGCAGAAGCUCAUCCCCCGCCUCGACCUGCCCGAGGCGGAACGGGUGGCGCCCGUGCCGCAGAAGCUGCCGAAAUGGGCGGCGGCGGUUCGACCAGGCGUAGGCGCGCUCAUGCCUCCUCCUCCUCCUCCUCCUCCUCCUUCUCCCCUCCCCUGCUCUUCCUCUGCCUCCUCCUCCUCCUCCACCUCCUCCUCGCCCCCCCCAUCCUCCCCCUCCCCCCCUUCGCCCACUGUGCCAGGUUGUUUCUGCGCCCUGAGUGGCCCAGACGCGGCCACGACCUUCGUCCUGGCUGUCCGCGUGGGCGUGCGGGUCGCAGCCCUUGAGUUGGACGUCCUCGGGGACACGACCUUGUUCCUCGAUUUAGAGACGUGCUGGGACAAUGUCAUCCCUGCAGCGAACGUGUCGUGCCCCGACCGCGAUCUUCAGGUGUACUCCUUGUCAGUGGAGUGUUCGGUCCGAGGUUCUCGUUUAGUCGUUAAAGUACUCCGCCACGAGCAUGUGGAUCUUGACCGACCGGCUGCCCCUCGCAAACGGAAGGCGGCCGAGGCGGCAUCUGGGUCUGAUGAUGACAGUACAGUGGCGCAGAAGCUGCGCGCCGAGAAGCUAGCGAUAUAG